UUUCUCAAAUAAUGGUGGGCCUGUGAGAUAUAGGUGGAGUGGAGGAGACCCAUGUUGUAGACGUCGAUCACAAAGACGCUCAACUUCCUAUCCACCUGGCUUUUAUUAUCAUAAAUAAUAAAUAUGAUAAAUCCGAAUCGAAUACACUUUUUUAUAUUAUUAUUCUGAAAGUACGGUUGAGUUUUGAGCGUGAGAUUUACAACUCACUCAUUAAAAUUCUAUAAAUAAAGCCCAUCGCCACUCACACAAUACCAUCGAUACUAUCGACGCUAAAUUAUCGUCAUCAAGCGAAGGCCAUCAUCAAACCCGCUUCCGAUUAUCACUCGCCAUGGCUUUGAAGGAGGAGUUUGAGGAGCAUGCUGAGAAAGCAAAGACCCUGCCUGAGUCAACCACCAAUGAAAACAAGCUCAUUCUCUAUGGGCUGUACAAACAAGCAACUGUUGGACCAGUUGACACCCCUCGUCCCGGAAUGUUAUACAUGAGGGAGAAAGCUAAGUGGGACGCAUGGAAGGCUGUUGAAGCGAAAUCCAAGGACGAAGCAAUGAGUGACUACAUCACUAAGGUGAAACAGUUGCUGGAAGAAGCAGCUGCAGCUUCUGCCUGAUAACGUCUUCUCAUGCCUUUGCAGUUCCUUGUGUUUAAAUUUAAGAAUUGUCUCGAGUAACUUCUGGUGUUCUUGAAAUGAUAUUAUGUUAACUUAUAUCUAAAUUAUGAAUGAAAUGAUGCUCUUAAUCUU